GCGUCCAAUGCCAUGGAGCGAUGGGGCCCACCUACGCCUUGGGCCAGCGCUGGUUGGCCUAUAACAUUCCUCCGCACGAAAAGAGCGAUGGCAGCUGGGAGAGCCAGCCACGUGCUGGAGGUGGGUUGAGUCGACAGCUGAAAGAUGGCUUGCAGUAUUUGGGACAAGUGGGACAACGCACCUUGGACCAAGUCUUGAUGCCGUCGCCCGAGGCGUCGUUUGUAGCGCCCCCCAGCGGUGUCCAUGGCGCGGUGCGAUCUGGGAGCAUUGCAGUGAGAGAUGUGGUGAACCAGAAUGUCAUCUCGCAGUUCGAGGAACACAGCGAGGCCAUUGAAGCCAUGACCUGGGACCCUUCGGGGCUGCAACUGGUGACCUGCGGCGCGCUGGGGCAUAAGAUCCUGGUGCAUCGCGCCAUGUUGGGCACUGGAGAUACCUUGUUGGAUGCGGAUCAAGAUGGUUUGCAGCUGGGCAGCCUGCGAUUUCAACACGUCUUCACCUUAUCGCGUGGGGUCACUCCAGCGGUCAUCAGUGGCGUUGCCGUCUCAGAAGACAGUCAAUUCGUGGCCGUCUCCUCGGCCAAAGGCACUACGCAUGUCUUCAACCUCCCCGCCUUCCACGUGCGUCAGCAGCCGGGUCGCCUCCGCGAGCCUGGUGCCCGGCAUGUGCCGGGCCCCGGCGCCUACGGCGAUCCCGGCACCGGGGCGGUGAAUCUUCAAGUGUGCACUCGCGUUUGGUUGGGAUCAGUGCUGUUACAGGAAGGUCUUCUGCCCCAGUGCGCCUUCAUCUCACCUUCUGCGCGGCCACGGGCGUCCAGUGGACUCAGUGGGCCUUGCAUGUAUGUGGCGACCCGGGCCGGAUUGCUGGCUGUCUACUCCCUGACCACAGCAGGCGCUGCUUCGACGCCGGAACCCAGCCUAGGUGAAGAUACCUGGGUUGCCACGCUGCAGCGCGAGGUGCGGAUCUGUCGUCAGCUACGGCACUUCAGCGAGAGGCGCCUGGGUACCUGCAGUCGAGACUCCCCCAGGAGCCCCAGAAUUUCGGAGGAGGGCGGCCAGGGCAACGAGCCAUCGAAAUGGCUGUCCUAUGCAGAGACAGCCACACACCUUCCGACGGAUGUGCCGAUUUGGAUCAGUCCACAGCUCCGCUUCUACGCGUAUCCCGCGGGCGAUGCGGAGCAGAUGAAUCAGCAGCUGCGACGGGGUGAACGACCUGCGGGGUGUCGCUGCAUUGACAUCACAAGGCCCAAGCAGCCGGGUGUGGAUGCGGUGCAUCAUCAGGCUUUUGCAUCCUCUGAGCUGGAAGCUGCAGCGCAGCAAGUCAGUCUGCUGGGUGGACAUACAAGGAGAGUCCAAACCCUGGAUGAUGGGCAAGACGAGGAUUGGGUGAUUCCCUGACGCCCUGCCCGUCCGCUGUACAUAGGCGGCAGGUGCCUGGAAGAUUCCAAAA